GGGCCGCCCCCGGCGCUCGCGCGGUUCCUUCUGGGAAUUGUGGUCUCAGACGUUCCAUUCCCAGGGUGGCGCCGCUCGGACUCCGCGUCCCAGCAUUCCCUGCACGAGCCCGGGAGCACUUCCGCCCUGUUGUGAAGUGGGUGUCUCGGUGGGUGAGUCCGGGUGGCGGGGCGGGGGCAGCUGAGACGCAGGCUCUGGGCUGGAGACUUAGGAGGUGGUGGUGACACAGGGGGCUGGGGAAGAGCCUUGGGGAGCAGUCCCUUUUCUAGGAGCCUCUUGAAGGACUCACCGUAGAUGCAGGAAGACAUUGGAUGAGGUCAAAGUAGCUGAAGUGAGGUGUCUGGGGUAGACAAUGGCUAUGGCCCUGGAAUUGCAAGCCCAGGCAUCUCCGCAGCCAGAGCCUGAAGAACUCCUUAUUGUGAAACUGGAAGAGGACUCUUGGGGAUCAGAAUCCAAACUCUGGGAGAAGGACCGUGACUCUGUCUCUGGCCCAGAGGCCUCCCGCCAGCGCUUCAGGCAAUUCCAAUACAGGGAUGCAGCUGGACCCCACGAGGCCUUCAGCCAGCUCUGGGCUCUCUGCUGUCGUUGGCUGAGGCCGGAGAUCCGUCUCAAAGAGCAGAUCCUGGAGCUGCUCGUGCUGGAGCAGUUCCUGACUAUCUUGCCUAGGGAGGUCCAGACCUGGGUGCAGGCACGCCACCCUGAGAGUGGUGAGGAGGCUGUGGCCUUGGUGGAGGAUUGGCACCGAGAGACCAGGACUGCAGGACAGUCGGAACUGGACUUGUAUACAGAAGAGACCAGGCCCUUAAAGACAGGGGAAGAAGCUCAGAGCUUCCAGCUGCAGCCAGUGGAUCCCUGGCCUGAGGGACAGUCCCAGAAGAAGGGGGUGAAGAAUACAUGCCCUGACCUUCCCAAUCACCUAAAUGCCAAGAUGGCACCACAGCCUUUGAAAGAGAGUGCUGUCCUCACUCCCCGAGUCCCUACUCUCCCAAAGAUGGGGAGCGUUGGAGAUUGGGAGGUGACAGCUGAGUCCCAGGAAGCCCUGGGCCCUGGCAAACAUGCUGAGAAGGAGCUCUGUAAAGACCCCCCAGGAGACGACUGUGGGAACAGCGUGUGCCUGGGAGUUCCAGUUUCAAAACCAAGUAAUACCUCCGAGAAAGAACAAGGACCAGAGUUUUGGGGUCUAAGUCUUAUAAAUUCUGGGAAAAGGAGCACUGCAGAUUACAGCCUGGAUAAUGAGCCAGCUCAGGCAUUGACCUGGAGGGAUUCAAGAGCCUGGGAGGAACAAUACCAGUGGGAUGUGGAGGACAUGAAGGUGUCAGGUGUUCACUGGGGCUAUGAGGAGACCAAGACUUUCCUGGCAAUUUUGAGUGAAUCUCCUUUCUCUGAAAAGCUCCGGACUUGUCACCAGAACCGCCAGGUAUAUCGGGCCAUUGCAGAGCGGCUAAGGGCAAGGGGCUUCCUGCGGACACUGGAGCAAUGUCGCUAUAGGGUCAAAAACCUCCUACGGAAUUACCGGAAAGCCAAGAGCAGCCACCCACCAGGUACCUGCCCCUUCUAUGAGGAGCUGGAGGCCCUGGUCAGGGCUCGGACAGCCAUCAGAGCCACAGAUGGCCCAGGAGAGGCCGUGGCACUUCCCAGGCUCGGGGAUAGUGAUGCAGAGAUGGAUGAGCAGGAGGAAGGGGGCUGGGAGCCUGAAGAAAUGGCAGAAGACUGUAAAGGUGCCGGCCUGGUCAAUGAUGAGUCUACCCAGGGGCCCAGGAUUGCAGGGGCCCCAGCUCUGUUCCAGAGUCGUAUUGCAGGUGUGCACUGGGGCUAUGAGGAGACCAAGGCCUUCCUGGCAAUUCUCAGUGAGUCCCCAUUCUCGGAAAAGCUUCGCACCUGUCACCAGAACAGCCAGGUGUACCGGGCCAUUGCAGAGCGGCUGUGUGCUCUGGGCUUCCUGCGGACACUGGAGCAGUGUCGCUACAGAUUCAAAAACCUCCUUCGAAGCUACCGGAAAGCCAAGAGCAGCCACCCACCAGGGACAUGCCCUUUCUAUGAGGAACUGGACUCGCUGAUGAGGGCUCGGACUGCAGUCAGGGCCAUGGGGACUGUCCGGGAGGCUGCAGGUCUCCCUAGGUGUGGGCAGAGUAGUGCUGAGACUGAUGCCCAGGAGGCCUGGGGUGAAGUGGCCAAUGAAGAUGCUGUCAAACCUUCAACCUUGUGUCCUAAAGCCCCAGACAUGGGUUUUGAAAUGAGGCAUGAGGAUGAAGACCAGAUUUCAGAGCAGGACAUUUUUGAGGGUUUGCCUGGAGCCUUAUCAAAAUGUCCUACAGAAGCUGUUUGCCAACCUCUUGACUGGGGAGAAGACAGUGAAAAUGAAAAUGAAGAUGAAGGGCAGUGGGGAAAUCCCUCACAGGAACAGUGGCAAGAAAGUUCUUCUGAAGAGGACUUAGAAAAACUUAUUGACCAUCAAGGCCUGUACCUUGCAGAGAAACCCUACAAGUGUGACACAUGCAUGAAGAGCUUCAGUCGGAGCUCCCACUUCAUUGCCCACCAGCGAAUCCACACAGGUGAGAAGCCCUACAAAUGCCUUGAAUGUGGAAAAAACUUUAGUGACCGCUCUAACCUCAAUACCCAUCAGAGAAUCCACACUGGAGAGAAGCCCUAUAAAUGCCUUGAAUGUGGGAAAAGCUUUAGUGACCAUUCUAAUCUCAUCACUCACCAGAGAAUUCACACGGGGGAAAAGCCCUAUAAAUGUGGAGAAUGUUGGAAAAGCUUCAACCAGAGCUCAAACCUUCUGAAACAUCAGAGAAUCCACUUGGGAGGAAAUCCUGACCAGUGUAGUGAGCGUGGGGGAAACUUUGCCCAAAGCCCAUCUUUUAGUGCUCACUGGAGGAAUUCUACAGAAGAGACAGCUCCCGAACAACCUCAAAGUAUCAGUAAGGACUUGAAUUCUCCUGGACCACACAGCACAAACUCAGGGGAUAAACUCUAUGAGUGUUCUGAAUGUGGAAGAAGCUUCUCUAAGAGCUCUGCCCUCAUUAGUCACCAAAGAAUCCAUACGGGAGAGAAACCAUAUGAAUGUGCCGAAUGUGGGAAAAGCUUCAGUAAGAGUUCCACCCUGGCCAACCACCAGCGCACCCACACUGGAGAGAAGCCGUAUAAAUGUGUGGACUGUGGGAAGUGCUUCAGUGAGCGCUCCAAGCUCAUCACACACCAGAGAGUGCACACAGGAGAGAAGCCCUACAAAUGCCUUGAGUGUGGAAAAUUCUUCCGUGACCGUUCUAACCUCAUUACUCACCAGAGGAUUCAUACAGGAGAGAAGCCGUAUAAGUGCAGAGAGUGUGGGAAAUGCUUUAACCAGAGCUCCAGUCUUAUUAUUCACCAGAGAAUCCAUACAGGGGAGAAACCCUACAAGUGCACAGAGUGUGGCAAAGACUUCAACAACAGUUCCCACUUCAGUGCUCACCGGAGAACCCAUGCAGGAGGGAAGGCAUCGUAGGGGACAGUUUCCUCAACAACAAAAGAGGACUCAAUGUAUAUAUCUUAUAUCAUAAGAUGUAUGCUAGAGAGAAACUUUCCAAUUUUUAAGCUUGGUGUGUACCCAGGGAAGUUAUCUUGGUAUAAACCAGGUAAUUUGGAAGUGAAUUACAAAUACUAAGGAUCCAGAUUUGAAGGCACUUUUAAGUGUAAUUUGUUUUUCUUCUGUAAAGACCCACACAGAAUCCUGACUGUCCUUGUAUUUGCUAUCAUGUAAGAGCUGUGUCAGUAUUUGAGCCAAACUGGCAACUUAGGAGAUUAGAGUUAAAUCAGUGGUCCUGAGCAGUGAUUCCAAACUCUCACUGUGCCUUCACACCAUCCAUGUGUAAUCCACCCCAUCAGCAGUGGUUCUCCUACUUUCUCAGUGGGGGCAUAUCCUCAAGGGAAGAUGUUGUGACUCUGGUGAGAGAGGAGUUGGCCUAGAGCAGGCCACUGUGAGCUCAGCACAGAGUAGGAAGAACAGUGACAUCAUUACAAAAUCAUCAAUAGCAGCAAUAGCUGGUGUUUAUUGAGCUGUUGCUCUUUGGCAAGCUCUGUGCUAAGAACUUUGUAUACAUCAUCUCAUUUAAUCUUCACAACAGCCCCAGGAGAUAAGUACUAACUUUCUCCCCAUUUCCUAGAGGCUUGGGAAAUUAAGUAACUUGCACUGGUCACACAUCUGUAAGUGGGAGAGAUAGGAUUCAACAGAUCUGUCUGUCUUGAGUCUGUCGUGCUCUUAUUGCUAUACUGAAUUCCCAUUCAUGUUAGGUAACUUAGGGGCCAGAAUCUCCAUGCACUUUGUAGACCACAUUUCCUGUUAUGAAAUUUCCACAUUUUGAAUUUUUAAAACAAAUAUGGAAACUGAGAAUCCCUAAGGAUUAAAGGACUUGGGAUAUCCAGAA